AUGUCAGCUUUUCCUUUCGGCCAAUCGAAUGGUCAGGGCAACAACAUGGGCUACCAAGGGUUCACGCAACCCCAGCAGAACACCCAAAGAAUACCCCAAUCGGCCCUUCCACUACAGCAGAACUAUAAUCUGGAAGGCCAGAUGGUGGAUCCGCUAAGCCAGCAACCAAAUACACAGUUUCAGCAACCAGGGACGUAUCAACAGAAGUAUUCUGGUACCAAUAUCAACCAGUGGCAGCAUCCUCAGCAACCACAGUCGGGAAUGUCCUCAAUGCAAACACCAAGACAGGCGAUUCCCUCGAAACAGAAGCUAAGGGGGUUUUCUGAGGUGGAAUUGUCACCCUCUUUGGCGAGACACCAGUCCGAUAACGUGUUCAUGGCCUCUAAUAGCCAAUCGGUACAAUCAGGAGCGACAUCCACUGGGUUCAAGAAUCCGUGGUAUUCCCCAUCGUCUGCGAACGUCACCAACAGAUUACCUGGGCUACAGACAUCGAACCAACAGGAGCCACCUUUUCUGAUGAUGAGCCCCUCGAGGGUUCCUUCGUUUGCGAAUGCCCUGCCUACGACUUACGAAUAUGAAGGGAUGCAACAACAACAGCAUCAACAACAACAGAUGCUGCCUGUGGCUAGGGCACAGGCCCCGAGACCACCUUCUGACUACUUUGCAGAACCGAACAACAAGGCUAACGAGCUUAUGAGAAGGCAAUCAGUAGCCACGCCCUAUAGUUCGAUCCAUGGAUUUGAUGGAAACAGUUUUGAUUAUAAUCCACAUCAGCAGCCUCAAUUGCCUCACAGAGGUUCGUUUGCAAACCAGACUCCUCAGCGUUUGCCUGCACCAAGGAUGACCAAAGUAAGGGCUUUGAGCGAUUUGCAUCCGAACGUGAACCUGAAGCCGAAAUACAGGAGGGCUUCGGCUACUAAUACCUUAGUAUCGCCUCUUGAGGCUCUUACGACAGCUUUGGCGCUUACAUAUAGUAUGUGUCGGUCUGACUUUGACUACAAGUCUUCCAAGAAUCCAAGACGAGUGCUUACCAAGCCUUCCGAGGGAAAGAGCAAUAAUGGUCACGACAACGAGGAAAGCGAUUACAUCUUAUACGUUAAUGAUGUCCUUGGAUCACAGGAUGGAAUGAAGUAUAUGGUACUUGACGUACUGGGGCAGGGAACCUUUGGCCAGGUGGUGAAGUGCCAAAAUCUUAAAACGCAAGAGAUUGUUGCUGUUAAAGUCAUCAAGUCCAAACCCGCAUUUCUGAACCAAUCGUUAACUGAAGUGAGCAUCUUGGAGCAUCUCAAUAAGAAGGUUGAUCCCGAAGAUCAACACCACUUUCUUAGGCUGAAGGAUAAGUUCAUCCACAAAAACCACCUGUGUUUGGUCUUUGAAUUAUUGUCUUCAAACCUGUACGAGCUUAUCAAACAGAAUCAAUUCAAAGGAUUGGCAUUGAAACUGGUCAAGAAGUUUACUGUACAGUUGUUGGACUCACUCAAAGUUCUCAAGUCUGCCAAGAUAAUUCAUUGCGAUCUCAAACCAGAGAACAUUCUGCUGAUCACGCCCGACAAACCGCUUCUCAAGGUCAUUGAUUUUGGUGCUGCAUGCCACGAGAGGCAAAUCGUUUAUGCAUACAUCCAGUCACGCUUCUACCGGUCCCCUGAGGUAAUUUUGGGACUAUCGUACACAAGUUCGAUCGACAUGUGGUCGCUUGGAUGUAUAAUUGCGGAGCUGUUCUUGGGAACUCCUCUGUUACCUGGAGCAACGGAAUACGGCCAGAUCUGUCGUAUUGUUCAGAUGUUUGGUAUGCCACCUACUUGGAUGAUUGAGAUGGGCAAGAAUGCCCAGAACUACUUUGCCAAGGAGGUAGUUUUCGAUGAAAGAACAGGAAAGCAGCAGAACGUAUACCGCUUGAAAACGAUUGAGCAGUAUUCCCGCGAGUUCAACGUGGAGGAGAAACCAGGCAAAGAAUACUUCGAAGACAAGGAACUACCCGAUAUCAUCGGCAAAUACCAGUUACCAAAGAAGAAUAUGACCGAAGCAAUGGUGGAGAAAGAAAUGCACCAGCGAGCUAUUCUGAUUCAUUUCCUGCAGGGAAUUUUCAAUUUGAACCCGCUCGAAAGAUGGACACCACAGGAAGCGGCAAUGCACCCUUUUGUCACGAACCAGCCCUUUUCGGGCUCAUGGUCUCCACCCUCAGCCAAUUAUUCUGACCAAUUCAGACUCGAGAAGCAAGACAGACUUCGCAGCAUGGAGAUCGAUCCGGUCUCCUUUGCCGAGCAACAUCCUCAGGAGGGUGUAUAA